UCGAAUGGGGUGAGACUCAUGCAUUGAACGAUGGCUCUGUAAGCAUUCCGGACUCUUUAACGCAGUUAUCUGCUGGCGGAGGGUCGGGUGUUGUGCUGAGUGACGGCACGCUCGUGUUCCCCAUGCAGGCCACAAAGACGGGAGGAAAGACUGUCUUGCUGGCCAUGCGCUUCACCAAGUCAAAGAGGAAAUGGGAGCUUUCAUACAGUACGAUGGCUGCAGACUGCCGGGACCCAUCCAUAGUGGAGUGGGAUGGCCAAACACUCCUCAUGAUUGCUUCGUGUGGGGACGGCUACUACCACGUGUACGAGUCCGCCUCGGGUGGGAAAAUCUGGUCUCAAUUGGGCGUGCCAAUUACCCGUGCGUGGGAAAACUCACAGAAUCGUCAGGCGGGCGGCGCCCAGAGCGGCGUCACCACCGUGGAGAUUGAGGGAAGGAAGGUGAUGCUCCUCACCGUGCCGGUGUUAGCAGAGGAGGGGUCAGGCGCCGCAAAAGGAAAGGGUCGGCUGCGUCUUUGGCUCACUGACACUGUUCACACCGUUGACGUUGGCUCGGUGUCUCGUGAAGGGGAUGACGCGGGCGCCGGCUCCCUGCUGUACGGAAGUAAGAAGAAGGAGUUGAUUUUGCUGUACGAGAAGAAGACGAGUGGAGAUUCGUACAGUCUUGUGACUGUGAAUCUGACUGCGCAGCUGCAGCGGGUGCACGAAGUGGUGAGGACGUGGAAGGAUGUGGACAACACUCUAAAAACCUGCAGUGCCAGUGGCCAAGCAAAGGGGCUGUGUGCGGGUCCCGUUCCCACAAAAGGACUGGUCGGCUUUUUGUCUGCCAAAUCAACCGGGAGUGAGUGGGGGGACGAGUACUUCGGCGUGAACGCCACGGUAACUCAGGGAAAGAGACGGGUUCCCAAUGGUGUAACAUUCCAAGGCGCAGGAGCAGGGGCUGUGUGGCCUGUUGCCAAAGCGGGGCAGAUCCAACUGUACUGCUUCGCGAAAAACAGGUUUACUCUUGCGGCGACGGUGUCGAUUCACGCGUCGCCAGGAAAAGACGGCAGCUCUAUUCCCUUGAUGGGCGCGAAGAUGAUGGACGCAAACAGCACUGUGCUCUUUGGCUUGUCAUACACGAGGGCAAAGAAGUGGGAGGUGACGGUCAACGGGAAGUCUCGGAAUUUGUCAGCUGAUGCUGGGGAGUGGGUGGAUAACGCAACGUACCACGUUGCACUGUGCAUGCAUGACCUCAACGAUUGGCAUGUGUACGUUGAUGGAAAGAAGAUUUGUUCAAGUAACCGUGUUGGGCACUUCAUGAAGAGAGGCGCGAUCUCACACUUCUACGUUGGUGGCGACAGUGCGAAAGGCGCUGAGGGCAGCCACCAUGUGACGGUGGCCAACGUCCUGCUGUACAACCGCCUGCUGGAAGAGGGUGAGGUCCAGACGCUCGCCGCCAGAAAAGUAACCAUUCCACCGCCGGAAGCUGAAAAGCCGCCCAUACCGCAGGGGACUCGGGUGGGGGGUGAGGGUGCUGCCGGCGCCCAGCCCCUGCCCGACGUUGUUACUUCCAAGAGCACCGCCGGCCCGAGGGCGAAGAGUUCAAAGGCUGACAGCUCCGUGCGUGGGUGUGGGGCUGCGGUGCUGCUGCCGCUUCUUCUGCUGGGGCUGUGGGGCGGCGUGUCGCUGGUGUGA